UAGCCAGACUGUAAGGCUUAUUGGAGGUGGGGUGGGGAAGGCUAGGCAGGCAGAAGGCGGGGCCCUAAGUUCCUCUCAAAGCCCUAAGUGGACCCACAGCGAGAGGAGUGCAGUGGGCGGGGCUGUGAAGCCCGGGUUCUUUUUUUUUUUCCCUUCCCAACCGCCACCGAAGUUCUGAGUGGGUGGGGCCAGUGUCCAGAACUCAGGCUCCUGGGGCACAGGUCCUUACUAGCGGCACGGCACGCACAGGUUGCACAGGUUGUGUGUGCUACCUGGUCUUGACCUCCUGCAGCUCGUGCGGACUCUAAGGACACAGCUCUCACGCUGGGAAGGAAUGAGUCUCCCUGACGUUUCGCAGCGAAGGAGUUCUGUGCGCCAUGAACCCUCCCUCGACUGGCCCCCGACACCCGACGCCCUGAGGCCUUCACCCUUCCCGCACCCCGCGCUACAAGCCCUCAACCGCCUAUGCCUCCUGCUGCUCUUCCCAGCCUACUGGUCUCUGGACCAGUUGCUGGGCUGCUGGGCACCAAUGGCCCGAUCCAGCAGCUUGGGGUGGCUCAAAGUCCUGGCAGUUAGUGGGGCGGCGUUGCUAUCGCUGAUGGUAGUUGGCCUACCCCUGGGGAUGCUUGGCCUUGUGCUCUGGCUGCCCCUCCAGGUCUGCCGCCGCCCCUUCUGCUAUCGGCCCCCUCCGGCCUGCUGGGUGUGGCCACAGCCCUGGCACCCGCCUGCGGAGCGCGUGCGCUGCUUUGUCUUUUUCACUGCCAAUCUGUGCCUGCUCCCUGAUGGGCUGGCACGCUUCAGCAACCUGUCGCACAGCCAGCGGCGUGCGGAGGCCAUUGGCGCUGUACUGCUAGGUAGCCUUCGAACCUCACAGUAUGGGGCUACCGGGUGCAGCCAGCCACUGUCUGAGGUGCCUGGUGGUGUGCUGAGGGCCACAAUACCCACGGGUUUGGACUUCGUGUGCCUGCAGGAAGUGUUCGAUCUCCGCGCAGCUCAUCGUCUUGUGCGCGCCUUGGGGCCAAAUCUGGGCCCAGUGCUAUACGAUGUGGGCACAUUUGGCUUACUGCCCGGGCCGUACUUCAAGGUACUGGGCAGUGGGCUUCUACUAGCCUCGCGCUACCCGCUGCUGCGUGCCACCUUCCGUUGCUUUCCUGAUGCUCGUCGCGAGGACGCCAUGGCCUCCAAAGGUCUACUCUCUGCCCAGGCACAGCUGGGUAUCCUGGACGGGCGCCGAAUCGUGGGAUACCUUCAUUGCACACACUUGCAGGCACCCGCUGAAGACGGGCAUAUUCGCUGCAAACAGAUGACGCUGCUGCUGGAAUGGGUGGAGGAGUUUGAGGCUGAGAGCCGCCACAGUGGUGAGGCUGUAGCCUUCAGCGUCCUCCUGGGAGACCUAAACUUUGACAACAGCUCACGAGAUCACGCAAAGGAGCAGGGACACAAACUCUUCAGCUGUUUCCAGGACCCCUGCCGCCUAGGCACCCGCCAGGAGCAGCCCUGGGCCUUGGGGACGAUCCUGAGCACUUCCAUGCUACACCAGGCCACUGCCAGCUCCCCAGAGAUGCUUCGGAGGGCCCUGGAGGAGGAAAAAGGGCGCCGCCUCUACCUGGCAGGAUGUAGAAAUCACUCCAGUAAAUCCUGGCAGGGCCGGCGCCUGGACUACAUCACCUACCGCGGAAUACCGGGCAGUCGACUGAGUCCAGAGGUGGAGCAGGUGACUUUCAGUACUGCGCUGGCUGGGCUCACGGACCACUUAGCUGUGGGCCUGAAGCUUCAAGUUGUGUGCUCCUGACUGAGGCUGGCGCA